AGAAAUUGACGAAUGUGCCCUAAGCAUCGAUAACUGUCAUACUCAAGCCACAUGUAUGAAUAUUCCUGGAUCAUUUACAUGUACUUGUAAUAUAGGAUAUUCUGGAAAUGGAGUGAGUUGCCAAGGUGAGAUUAUCCAUAGCCAGAAAUCAUGGACAUUGGACAUUAUUCUACUUUCGUACUAAUUUAAUAUGACUUCGACUGUAACCAACACUAAAAUUAUAAGAUUUGGUUUGUGAAAACACCACGUCUAUUUAUUGGCAAAGAUUUCGAUCUAUAGGUCUUUGCAACUUGUCGGAAUCGGCUUCAACAUACGGUUAAUUUAUAGCCCCGAGCCAACGGCGCGGAGCGCCGAUCCGGGCGUUAGCCCGGGGCGAGUGUACUAAUUCGGACCGGUUAUUUACACCCGGAAAAAGGAACGCAUUAGCGAAGUCUAAAGUUCAUCAAUUAUCGCGGGCGCGUGACUAUGGUUCAUGCGUGGACCUCCUCAUUGAUCUCAAAAAUCUGGCUGUUUGCUAGGGGGAGUGGGAUAAGCGGCAAGAUUUCAAUUUUCAAAAGCAUAUAUUUGGAAAAUCACGUUUCACACAAUGAGCUUUGAAGCAAUUUUUGCAUAGUUUGAAGAAAUAAGAAGAAUUGAGUAAUAUGGGAAUCGUGAAAUAUAGUGCAAGUUUGCUUUGAAUAUUUAAUGUUUAUGAAUUUUGUUGCUUUUAAUAAAUUCUUGCGUAUAAAAGUACAUGCAGCUUUCCUAAAUUACGCUGUUUAAUUUAAGAAAAAAGGUAAAAUGUAAAGGAGAACAAAUUAAUUUUAAGACCUAACUGAAAUUACUCCACAAUUUGAACUUAUUAAGUAUUAAAAACAGUUCAUCGGCAAAGACGACAAAAGCUGUUUAGUUAUUAAAAUGAACAUUUCAAAACAUUUUACGAAGCGAUUCAUUUUGUAAGCUUUGAUUUAAUGUAAAAUUUAAAAAUUUUACAUUAAAUCAAAGCUUACAAAAUGCAAAAUAACAUACCUACAGUACACAAUUCGGAAAUUCAUUCUUAUAUAGUUAAAAGCAAUAAUCUUUCAACUAUUUUUGGCGUGUUGUUCAAAAAAAUAUAAAAUUUAAGAUUGUCGUGUUGCCAUGACAACACUGACGUAAACGCGAGCCUGCGUUCAGUGUUGAUCAAUUACUAACACAGUACUUCAUGUAAGUCGAUGUUUGGAAAAUAUAGGCGAGGGGUUGCUGCAUGCAUGUAUUUCUAGUUAAUAUAUAUAUAUAUAUAUAUAUAUAUAUAUAUAUAUAUAUAUAUAUAUAUAUAUAUAUAUAUAUAUAUAUAUAUAUUUAGUAUCAAUUUUGCAUAUCAAAUGAGCUUUCGUGCGUUCUGAUUGGCUAAUUGACUAGUAAAUCGGACGCAUUAUUUAUUUAUUAUUUACUAGUCAGUAAAUAAUGCUUUUCAAAAGGAAUGAUUCGGCUUUUCAAAAACAAUUAUUUGGUCUUCAGAAAACGAAAAAAAGCACAAAAUGUUGUAUUUAACUUGAAAGGUAGGAUUCCUUUAUUAUUUUACUGUGUCAAUCAUAUUCACGGACAAUUUCAAACUUUAUUUCAAACUCCGAAAUGGCGAAACAUUCACUUCAAACAAAUACCAAUUUUCUCAGCCAUUUCCUGAGCAAAUUAAUGCUAAACAGAAACUAUUUUUUUAAUUCUAAGUUUGGUAAAAACGUCAUCCUAUCAUAGUGUUUAUAUUCCAAGCAAAAGUCGAGAAAAACAGCUUUGUAAUAAAGCAAUAAAGUCACACAGGAAGCCAUUUUGAAAGCGUGCGUGUACAAAAACACUGCAACACUAAAACAGUAACCGUAAAACCGGCCGAAAACAGUUUUAUUUUUGAAUUUUAAUUAAACUGAUAUUUGGAUAUUUUGUUUUAUUCAUUAAAAAUUUAUACUAAAACAAUUAUUCGCCUCAGGCUCUUUGAUUACGGUCAAUAUUCACCUCGACUUCGUCUAUUCACUGGUAAUCACUUCGCCUUCUUGAAUAAUUGUUAAUUAUUAAAUGCCAAGCAUUUGUUUUGAUGAACCGCGCAAUUUGAUUGGCUGCUGACGAGGCAGUAUUGCCGACAAGAGCCGAGUUUCAAACGGCAACGAUAUCUAAAAGUCUUUCAAACUAUUCAAAACGAAGAAAACUAAACCUAAAAUAAAGAAAAGGAGCAACCGCUGUGGUUAAAGAACUUUCUCAAUACGUUUUUGUUAGCGAAAGUCGAAAUUACAAGGUUAAUUUUACAGUGUUUAUAGCUAUUAAAGCAGACAGGAAAUGUGUUUUGACUAUGUGAAGAGCUGCAAAUUUUAUUUGCAGAUAGCCAGGAGGUAUUUGACACCAUCCUAAAUAAAAAAUACAACUAAAGCAGCCACAGAUUUAUAAUUUUUCCCGGAAAAUUUCUGUUUUUGUUAGAUAAAAAGAGACAUAAAUAUGACAUGAAGCGAACUAAACGUACUCGUCCAUAUUGACAUUAUUAUUGUUUAUUAAAUUUUAUUGUUUUCAUACUUGUUGUCUUUGAUUAAAUGACGAAAUACCUCGUAUUUUUCGUGAAAUACUAUCCAAACUGUGUUAGUAUUAUAUAUAAAAAGUGCUGUAUAGUAGUUUUACUAACCAAGAGAACAUUUUUUUACAUUUGGGGGGUUUUUUUUUCAAAUGUUGCGGACUUUGUACUUUGCCCUCGCGUGACCUUUUUUCCCAUUUUUUACAAACGUACAAUGCCAUAUAAUAAAAAAACUUACUGACCUGAACCGUUCGGGCAGUACGGGAAAAUAUCCAACCUCGGUCUUGCUGUAUUGACCUCCCUAUCGCUCGGUCAAUACUGCAAGACCUCGGUUGGAUAUUUUCCCGUGCUGCCCUCACUCUCGGUCAGUAAUUAAGGUAUUAAUAUUUUAUAUAAAAGUACAUAAAUACAUGAUAAACUAUAAACUGCAUGCAUGCAGGAUGGCCAAUUCUACCUCAGUUUAGAACAUUUGUGAAGCAUGUGAUUGUGUGAUUCUAUUUAGUAUUAUCAUUCCAUUAAUAUACAGCUAUUUCAAAUAAAAGGGUAAUGUCCCCGCGUAAAGCGGAAAAGUCGAAUACGAGCGCGAAAGGCUGCUGGGAAUCGCUAAUAAAUUCAUUAUUUUUUUAGCGAUUCCCAACAGCCUUUCGCGUUACUUAAUUGAAAUAGCUGUAUACAAGUCACUUACGUCAACCGGUUUUAAUAGGCAAACACAUCCUAUACCGUUGCAUUUGCAUCCGCAAAUUAUAAUACAUCGUUAUAUUUCUAAUCACCUGUCUCGUUUAACUGACUGUCCGUUAAGUUAAAAUUCGUCUAUUCCCCGCCCUUUACAACAGAAAAGAUUUGUUGGGUAUUCAUCAAGUUUUGUUAAAUGUCAAAAUUAAUAUUACUCCAAAGUGCUUUGCUUCAAAAGUUGCAUUGUCAUUCAGCAGCAUAUUGAUAAGCAGCUAAGCUUUCGAGAGGUUUAAUAAAUAAACCACGUAACUUCGCGGAUGUUAAAGAUAACAUCGCAAUGAUAAAUUUAAACUCGGAAUGUGGAGGUAAACGUGAAUAUUUUACGGCAGGAUACUUUGCCAAUUAUUGUGCGAUAAUUGGCCGUCUAUACUAAUUAUUAUAUAAUAGCGUUAAGAAUUCAAACGCUUUCAUUGGUCGAAAGCCAUAAUCUAUUAGAGCACAGCCGCACGGAAUUACGUCACGCAAACCUUUGUUCUGUGCAGCCAAUCACAACACAGCACGUGACUUAAGGUAGCCAAUAGCAUUCCCUUAUUUAUAUAGAUCAUGUACAUGCACGCGUGAUAUUUGCGAAAUUUUGACUUUUUCAAAUUUCCAAAUGUUUGCGUGGAUAAAAAGUAAGCUAUUUACCUUUUUAAGUCGGGGGUUUCUUUUAUUAUGUACAACAAAUAACUAAUCGCUCAUUUAAUUAAUCGUUCAUUCAUUGUUAAUUUAACAAUGAAUGAGCGAUUAAUCAGCUUUCCCGAUUAUUUGCCGAUUAAUCUGCCAAUCUCUAACCCAAUUAUUUUUACAUCGUGCACUUCCUCGUCGUAUUUUAUUUUCACAGAUAUAGAUGAAUGUGUUUCCAGUAAAGAUGUUUGUCAUAAUUCUCGAGCAAAUUGUCUAAAUACCCCUGGCUCAUUUACUUGUUCUUGUACUACUGGGUACAGUGGAGAUGGCGUUACUUGUAACGGUAGGCAUUUAAAGUAUUUGUAAAGCCGGUUUUCUACUAACGAAUUUUUCGCUCGAAGCGACUGUUUCUUUUUGCCACGUUUGUUGACGUGAUGCCGAUAAAGGAAAGGACUCCCUUCGCGCGAAAAAAAAACGCUAGUGGAAAACCAGCUUAGCGGGAAAUAUAUGGUUGAAUCCUGUUUUUCUUAGAAAGAGACAUAUCUCAUAAAUUAUUUUCUUACAUUGAAAUAUAUAGAAUCUGAAUCUAUUUCGAUGGACAUAUAAAUUCACUUUGAAAUUCAAGAAAUUUUUGUACUUCCAGAUAUAAAUGAAUGUGAGGUCGGAACUGAUAACUGCGGCAUUGAAGCGUCAUGUGUGAAUACCAUUGGAUCGUUUAACUGUAUUUGUAGCUUCGGAUAUACUGGAGAUGGAAUGAAAUGUACAGGUAUAUAUAUUUGACAUUUAAGAAUAGGACCAUCAUGAGUUUCAAUCACAUCAUCGCCACAUCGAAAUCCAUAACGUAUUGCGUGCAUGGUACUAAUAUACCCAACCAGAGAUCAUCACCCUCCCCGCGGCCUUCGUCACCCGCUGACGAGGGGAGAAUCAGAAAACAUACUUUAUUAAUAUUAGCAUUUUUAAACGUCCAGAAACCAGCUCCAUUGCAGGGUAAGAAAUUUAAUGGGAAAACCGGCGUUAAAGUAUAGCUAGGGCCGUAUAGUACCGAGGCUGAGGAAAACCUAUAUUUUUCCGUGCAUGUAUCAUGGUGGUUAAGAACUGUUGUUUAUUUGAAAGUACUGAUACAAAUUUAUAUAUUUAUCUAUAGAAGAUGAUUGCCGCACUCACGGCUGUGAAGAAUUUUAUGUUUGUCGGAUUUUGGAUAAUCAAUACGCAUGCGUCUGUCAAAGUAACUACACAAGGACUAACUGCAGUGAUGAAAUUGCAGGUCGGUAUCUUCAUAUUUCUCAAAUCAUAGUGCAGUGCUGACUGAAAUGCAGAAAAUAUAACUGUGUAAACUAAAAUAUAUCGCACGCGAUCGCAAUUAAUGAACGUCUGAAAACUUGCGCAUUUUCAGAAUUAUCGCAUGUAUGAAAAUCUCGCACUAGCAAAAAAAAACUUUAAAUAUAUGUCGCCACAUCUCCAAUUACAAUUUUGGAAAUGAGGUGCCUGACCCUGUUUGUAAAGCGACAAAAUACUGUACAUCAUAUAGUAUUUUGGUUGCUGCAACAUGAUAAAAUAUUGCGUUAUAAUUAAUAACGUGAUAAUGUUUGCUGUUUUGCAAACUGUUUUGCAUUUCUGAGUGGUACAAUAUGGAGA